GUAUCCCACAUAGUUUGCAACUUUGCAUAUCAUUCAUCCAAGUUACAGCGAAAGGGGAGGCCGGAGGCGGAGGGGGAGGGCCUGGCCGGAAGGAACCGGCGACCGCCCCCCUGCCCCGCCCUCCGGGUUGCGGCCACCCUCGUCUCGACACGAUGGCUUCUCUGGGUCUGGAGGAGAUGAAGAGGAGAAAGGCAAUGUGGUUGUACCCCAAAGUGCUUGGUUUCAACCCUUCUGAGAGAUGGGGGCACUCUUCUUGUUUCUUUGAUGGAGUUGUUUAUGUUUUUGGGGGAUGUUGUAGAGGGUUACAUUUCAGUGAUGUUCUUACUCUGAAUCUAGACACAAUGGUAUGGAAAUCCCUUGUUACAACUGGGCCAAAACCCGGAAACCGUGACAGUCAUGGCACGGCACUAGUCGGUCACAGGAUGGUUGUCUUAGGGGGAACUAAUGGCUCAAAGAAAUUGAAUGAUCUUCACAUUUUAGAUUUAAGGACAAAAGAAUGGAGUAAGCCUAAUUUCAAGGGCAUGCCGCCUUCGCCCCGAGAGAGCCAUACCAUCACUGCAGUUGGCGAUGCAAAGCUUGUGAUUUUUGGUGGUAGCGGAGAAGUCAAAACCAAUUAUCUGAACGAUAUACAUAUAUUUGACCUCAAGAGCAUGAUGAGUUCCCCUGAUGUUAAGGGCGAACUUCCAGCCCCAAGAGAUAGCCACACUGCUGUUUCUAUGGGUAAUAAGCUUCUUAUUUAUGGGGGUGAUUGCGGUGAUCGUUAUCAUGGCGAAGUUGAUGUUCUUGACAUGGAGAAUAUGACUUGGUCACGGCUUGUGAUUCAAGGGUCCUCACCCGGAGUCAGAGCAGGUCAUGCAGCUGUAACUUUUGGGAGCAAGGCGAGUACUCAUGAUGAUGAUGUUUGAGGAAAAGAACAAUGAAAGUAAGCAAUAAGCACUUUGAAU